UAAUAUUUAUUUAUUUCCUAUGCAUUUAUCAUAGUUUAAAACAAAUGCGUAUCAACAUUGUUACUAGCACGAAUCAUUGCGAGACACAGGCUAUCAUCAAAGAAAGCUAUACCUAUGAAAUGAGUGAAAAGUAUGAGUUCAGUUCUACUAAUAACACUACUUAUUCUAACCAACACACGAGACCGAUUGUUAUUAAUGCGUGAGAGGGGAAUAACCAGAUAAACUUAUAUACCGCAUGGUGGUGGGGGGAUUAGCAUUCCCCGCUUGUAUUUGUAGUUCAUAUUUUGUCCAUAGCUGUCGCUGAAGUCACACACGCUUCGAAUAAAAGAUAGUGAACAGUCUUAAGAAAAUGAAGAUGGGCGCGUUAGUAUUUGAGUUAAAUACUUCUCUAAGUAGUGAAUACGUGCAUAUAUAGGUAUCAAUGUAUAUGUAGCAUAUAUAUAUAUAGGUAUAUAUAUGUACAUAUGUGUACAUACGUGUCCACGGCAUUCCAGACAUCUCUUGUGAUGAUGGUGAAUGUAGGUCCUCGGGUCGACAUCUAUCUAUGAUACCUUACCUCUUCCUUCUCUCUACCUUUACGUCUUGUGUAUGUACAAACCACUGCUGAGGAAUCACAGCUUGCUUCCAUACAGAACGGUUUCUCUCCCCCACCUAACGUACGAACUUCAUUGAGUUUGAAACAACAGGUGUCUACUGUAUUCGUCGUCGAAAAGGCCCGCAGGCCCGUAUAUAGUAGACCGGUCGGUGCGACAUAUAACGGGUGGACAAGAAGUACAGUUUUUCGAAGAUCAGCCACCAUGGAAAAAGAAAGGCAAGAGACAAGAAGCAUAUCAAUAAAAUUUGGAUCCAAAAUAUUUGUGUGUUGUUCCAUGGGAUCGACGACGUGGCCGCGCGGGGGUUGGUUUUAAUGACAGUGUAUAGAUUAUCGUCGUAAUACUCGCAAAGAAGUUUACAGUGUAAACCAGUUCAACAGAAUUUGAUUCAGAUGGGCGAAGAUAUGUGGCAGCUAUUGUUUACGAAACUUCUUCUAUUUAGUAUCGUACUAUUGACCAUAGUAUCCACCGGUCGUUCCGAGGAUGGAGACUUUGACAAUGAUCAAAUUAGAGCCUCCAGGAUAGAGGGUGACUUGCAGGGUGUGACCACUGUCCUUUUGGUAUCUGCCCGUCCUGGAAAAUCCGUGCCCCCGGUUGGUCUCCUUACAAAAACUGCUCGUACAUUUGUACAAGACGGAGCAAGUACUGAAUUCGCAACGCAAGUUCUUGGUACGACAUUGGAUAACGGACGUUUAUACGCAAGAAUUUUGUCUACCUCAAGUAGAGUAUUUUAUGAUAAAGAACCUUCGGUAGAUCCAACCAGUCCGUACGUCGUAUAUCCAUCGAGAACAACGGAAUACGAUUGGCAAUCUAAAGUUGAUUUUAGCAAUGCUCCAAUUAAAGCAAUCGAGGAAAUAGAUAUAAAGAGUAAGAAUAAAGAUUUAUUAAGAAAUAAUAUUACGGAUAAUCAGCGUAGAUUUACGAAUGAGAAUAAAGGGACAACAACAAGGUUGGACGAUUUAACGAGAGAAAACGAUAUAUUUAGUAAAAGAGAAUUGGGCACGGAACUUCAAAGAUUUAAACCGGUUAAAGUGAGACCAACUGAUAAUUUACCGACUUAUACCGUCAAACAAGAAUACGUCUCGAAUAAUUAUGAUUUCUUUGAAAGCGAACUACCGAAAACUAGAACGCGUCUUCCUAAAAUAUUUAAACCUACGGUAAGACCAACCCAAAGAAAAGUCGAUAACAAGCCAUUGGCAACGGUUACUUAUCAUGGGUUCGCUGACUUUACUACAACGGUUGGCGACACUGUUAUAGUAUUCUCUCCUAGUACGUCACCGGCUCCUAUUGGACGGCCAGCUACAACGAUCAAAGGUGAUGCUACGCUUAGACCGGACGAUGGUGUAGCAGUAGUUAAAAUUAGGCCUACCGUUGUCUCGGGUGAUCACAAACCAACCGAUUUACCGUUUAUAAAAUCACACAAUCAUAUAGAGACUAGUAUGAAUCAUGAGAGAGAUGAAUUAUUGGAUAUAGUAAAUGGUGGUAACAUUCAGCCAAGUGUCGUUGAGGAACCUGAAAUCGAAUUAUCUUCUAGAUCUACCGAUCCAUUAUUAUUGAUACCUGAUAUGGAAACAAAUUCGAUCAAACCUACGGGUCUUCUUAAAGUUAUUGACUCCAUGACAUCUUUAGAUGGUACUACCACUCGUUACAAAAGUCUUAUUUAUGGUACAUACAUUGGCACCAAUUAUGCUCAAGUUAUUCAUACAUCUUCCAACGUAUACUUCUUCCCUAAUACCGCUACGUUAAUGGACGACAAUGAUGAAGAUACUACCGUAGAAUAUGAAUAUACUAAUAUAAGUGACGAUGAACAAGAACAGGACACAACCAUAGAAAUGACUGUUGGUACGACACCGCAAGUGAUAACUACUAGCGAAGAAGCAUCACCAGAAAUGAAUGAAUUGACGACUCCAUUCAAGGACACCACUGAUAGCGUCUUAACAACGUUGAAAGAUAUUUUGGAAAGUGCAAGAAAGGUUUUGGGAACAACUGAUUCGGCAUUGCCAACGUUUGACGAUGGAAUACCUAACGAUAUUAUAUCGGGGGAUCCUCAAGGACGUAGUAUCAAAGGUGGAUCAUCUAGAAACGAAUACGAUCAGGAAAAUAAUAAAGUACAACAACCAGAUUAUGUCGAUUCGAAACAACAAAUUACAUUUGCAACAAAACUUCUUCCCUCCACCGUAUACGAAACAUUUACAUAUUAUACAACCUUUUUCAUUCCUGAUAGCAAUGGCGAUACGACUACAUCCGUGAAAUCUCGAGAAGUUGUAUCUUCCGAAGUUACUUUCUUGACAGAACUGAUUACACCAAGUUCCACCGAGAGCUUCAUUCUUCCUACAAAGUCAGAUAUUUCGAUAAUAUCACAACAGGUUUCGGAUUUGCAAUCUCAAUUUGAUCAGGAACAAACGACAAAACAGGACGAAGAAAUAGAAUUAAUAUUUAAAACUUUAUAUACGACUUAUACCUAUUUGACAACGUUUUUCCAAAAAGAUACAUCAAGUAUUUCUAGUAGAGAGGUUGUUGAAACCAAUGUUAUCACGCAAACCGUUGGACCCAAUGGUGUAUCUGCCGCAGUAGCUAGUCUUUUUGAAAAAGAAGAACCUAUCCUAAUAACUCCCACAGAGAUAUCGCAAACCAUUUUGCCGUCAACAAUUUCUCAACAAGCUGGAGAUGAUCUAGCAACAACUCCGGAAUAUUCAGAGUUUACAGGUAAAGAUAUUACAGAUGGUAGUUUGACCACAAUUCUGGAUGACGAAACUACGAUCACUGAACGAAUUAGUACAGUACCGACAGUACCCGAUGAUGAAUUUGAAGAUACCGAAAAGGCAAUAACCGAAUUAGAACCAAGCCCAACUCCAGCGAUAUCAACUGAUAUAGUGAAACAUCAAUUGAAAACGUAUUAUACAACGUACACAUAUUUUACCACUACUUUCGUUGACGACGAAACGGAAAUAGAAACGAGAACAGAAGUAUUCACAAAUGUUGUAACAGAAACGAUUCAACCUAGUCCAACAAUUUCUGUAUCACAAGAAAUUACAUCGUCGACGUUGCCAACACAGACUACUAGUAAACCAGCAGUUCCACCAGAAAUAUUGGCAUAUUUAGAAGCUAUUCAAAGACAGAAAUCUCAAGAGGAAGCUUUCUUAUUAGCGAAAAAAGUUCAAGCUGAAGCUAAUGCCUCGGAACAAGUUAAUAAUAAUCCAAGUGAGACUACGUUAAUCACUGAAAUGACUACCGAAGAAUUUACUGAAAUUCCAACGACAUUGGAACAGCAAUCUUUUACAGAAAAUAUACUUCGUGAUCUUGAGAUUAAUGGACAAGUGACACCAAAUCCUCCGAUAAAUGGUGAAAUUUUAGGAUCAAUGAUUACGGAUGUUCUUUCAUCCUCCAGUUCCGGAGGUGGUACUGUUUUAGAUGUUAUGGAUAAAAGAAAUGCCGUGCCGGAAGAUCAAGAAUUAUCAGAAUCAAAUCACCAGGACGUUGAACCUCCACCAACGUUACUAUUGCAAACCAGUUACACAACAUUCACUUAUUUUACAACAAUGUAUAAAGGUGAUACGUCUAAUGUUGCCAGCCGUUUAGAAACAGUAACGAACGUUGUAACAGAAACUAUAAGGCCAACGGUUGCGCUACCUGCAGAGUCAAGUACAUUGCCAGUUACUUAUUUCACAACCUUCACGUAUUGGACAACUUUCUACAAAGGUGGCGAUACCUUGACUACGAGCCGUGAAGAAACGGUUAGUACAGUUGUAACGCCAGAUGUCUCGGCAACACCAACUUUACAAUUAGAAAUGAUAAUGACGUAUAGACCAGAUACGACCUCAUCCUCGGUGUCAUUGAUCGAAGAAGAAUUGUUUAGUAAUACCAAACCUAAGAUAACAGCUGACAAUGAAGUUGCACCGUCGAAUAUUCCAUUGCUAGAAAAAUCACUUUUAGAAGCAACUACAGCUACUAAAGAAAAUAACGAUGAUUUAAUAGAAAGUUCGAUUGUUACUUUAGAACCGACAACGUUUUAUACUACUUAUACAUACUUUACAACAACGUACGCGGGUAACGAAACGAUUUUAAACAGUAGAUUAGAAACUGUAACUAGUGUCUUUCAUCCUAAUAUUACGGAACCAAAAGCGACCGGACGUGCUAUUGGUAGUCCAUUAUAUCCUGGAGUUCAAGGAUUAGAAACAGAAAAUAAAUCCAUAACACCGUCCAAGGCCGUAGAAAUUCCUAAAACAGGAUUAAUAUCGACCAUUCGUUCUAGUAACAUUCAAGACGAUAUUACGACGCAUUAUAUGACUGACGUAUAUGGUACCAUUAUCGAUGGUCUUUAUGCACAAGUUAUGGAAAGUUCAACUAGUUUAGAAACACCUUCUUCGCUUUUAGCUACACCUGUACUUCCUACAGGAGUACUUUCAUUGAACAAAGGUAGUGUAGUAGAUGCUGAUGGUGUGACAACUGUAUACUUCACAACCAAACAAAUUGGUACUUCGAUCGACGGCAUGUAUGCAAAAGUUAUUGAAAAUAGUUCUAGUACGAAGAUUGACGAAGCUAAAAAACAAACUAUAUCGUCAACACCAGGUCACAGAACUGGACUGGUGCGAUUGAUCGAAGGUCAAAUUGAGAACGAUGGAAUCACGACGUAUUAUCAAUCAAAAGUUAUUGGUACUAGUAUCGAAGGUAGAUACGCACAAAUAAUUGAAAGUACUUCAAGCUUUGCAUCUACCGCGCCAACUCUAAGUAUCGCACCAACAUCAACUUUAUUACCAAGUACAUCGAUAGGAAUUAUAGAAGUAUCGCCGUCGCCUGCUGUAAUUCAAUCAUCCUUAUCGGAAGAUUCUACAACGGAAUCUCCAGGUCAUAAUGAAGAUUCCGAAGAAAACGAAGAGAAUGAAGAAGAGGAUGAUCAACAAGAGGACGAUCGAAGUUCAAGGAAAAAAUCUAGAUUAACGUUCUCGUCGAGGAAAAAAUCAUUUACUCCGGUGAUCAUACCGUUCGCAUCUAGAAAUCGACCAACGUUUAAUCCAAAACGUAAAGGUGCACAAGGUGCAACGACUAUUACAAGAACAGAUAUAACACCUACCAUAACUGCAACGUUAGCUGGUAAAGGUAAUAGAUUUGCAUCGUCAAGAGGACGCGUUAGUUCGCCCAUCGGGCCAUAUUCUUCGACCGUGUCACCAUCUAGUUCGAGAAGAUUUUCAGGAAGAAGAAAUACGGCAUCAGCAACGAGUACUAUCAAUUCAGCGACAAUAGGAGCACGUGGUAGAGGAGCAUCUAGAAUAUCACCCUCCUCUGUUCUUCAAGGAAAUAGACGUGCACCUGCUACUAUCAGAGGUUCGUCGAGAGGCUCACCACGUGGCUCAAGUUCCAUAUAUCCAGGAGCAUCGUCCAGAUACAGACCUGGUAUAAGAGCGUCAUCUACUUUGUUACGAGGACAAUCGACUAUCAGGCAAGACGAUCAAGAUAACGAUGCCAACGAAUUCACCACGACUACUUUGGUGACAGAAGAAAUACCGUAUACCCAAGAAACCGACGAAGGGGAAACAGUCACUAUACCUCUUCAAACAACAACUGAAUCCUCUCGAAGAUCUACGAAUCCACUUUUAAGAUUUCGCAGACCGAUAAACUUUAGUGGAUCCUCAAGGGCAAGUACAACUCCAAAGCCUAUUAAUCGAAAUAAUAAGUCCAAUUCGCCUAGCAUACCAAAUCGAAAUGUUGGCUCUCGAUUAAAUAAUAGACCUACUCCACCUACGCCUACGAGAUCUCGUCAAACAAAUGCAGGUUUCUUUCCGCCUCGUGGAUAUUUUAGCAGAAAACAGGAAUCGAUUGUAGAAGAUCAGAUCGAAGAUACUGAUCACGAAGACGAGGAAGAUCUUGAGGAAGAUCCAGUCGAAGAGAUUGCUGAUAACGAUUACGAAGGUUCUGAACAUGAAGACAAAACUUCGGCAACAAAUAUCAAUCCCAAUCGUCGUUAUGGUAAAACACUUGGACCAAUUGCACAGAUCAGACCAUUUGGGUCAUUUCCAAGAGGAAGAAGAGUUCGUCGUCAAGCAAAUCAAUUGAGAUCAUUAACUAGUCGUUUUCGAAAAUCAAAGCAACCGAUAACAAUUAAAACCGAUGAGACAACUGACGUUGUUGGUAGUUCAUCGAACGUUGAGGAUACAACAAAAGCAUCGAUAAAGCCAGUUUCUCGAUACAGUUCUCGUACUAGAACUUCAACUGGUUCACGGCCGAAUUUUAAGUCCUCGAAUAAUCCAGAAAAAUCGCAAACAGAAACGACAGAAGCAUCUACGAGUCAAUCGAAUAAAGCUAAUGGAAGAACGAAACAAAAUAGUAAUGGUAAUAGUAGAACUACAUCUUCGAGAAUAAAACCGUCUCCGACGUCAGGCAAUAGCAGACAAUUCACACUUAGAGAAAAAGAUUCGUUACAAACUAGAUCCAGUUACAAAAGGUCACAGUCCACGCCAACUAGAACUACAACUAGGCCAACGAAUAAACCAACAGAUAAUGUCAAACCAAGACCACCAAGAUUAAGAACUAAUUCCGGAAAAAGUCAAGUGGAAUCGAUCAAUACUUCACGUAGAGUUUCUUCUUCUCGUGCUACUUCCAGAACUCCAAGUAGAAGCGGAAGUAGUAGCAGAAGAACCACCCAAAGAGGAAGAACAUCUCAUGAAGACAUUAGGGAAUCUCCAAUCGUUUAUCCAGAUUUUGAUGGGACCAUAACAGUAACUCAUUAUGUACCAACGGAAGUAACAAUACCUGUAGUAAAUAAUGGUGUCACUGAGCAACGCAAUAUUAUAACGGCUCAACCUAGUACAGAAGUCCUUGGUCCUUCUCAGUAUAGCACUGUAACAGGUGGUGAUGGUCGACCACUGGUAGUUAUUGUCAGCGAAGCUACAGGUAUUAACAGUCAAGGUCAAACUGAGAUUACACGAUUUUUGCUUCACGAAACGCCCACAACACGCGUUUCUCAUACGCUUACCACUUUUGGUGGUCGGAGAGCUUCACAAUCAGUGAUCGUACCUACAACUGUUUAUUCAGUUGAAAAUGUAGUUUCUACAAUACGACCUUCUUUGCCUACAAAUCCACCUCUUGCAAAUAUCCUUUUAUCACAAUUGCUUCUGGGUCAGUUAAAUCCACAGAACCAAUUACUACAGCCUCAAGGUACACCCACUACGCAAUAUAACACGCGCACAACUACCUACGUCACUACGAUUACGAAACAUCAAAGCACCGUCAUUCCACUUACCUUCCGUGGUAAAGAGAUCUUAACUACUUUAAUAGACUCCUCAAGCGACAUCAUAACCGCAACGGAAUUUAUCACGGACACUGUUGUAGUUACACCAACGGCAACAUUACCAGCAGCAAAUUUAAAUUCUUUACUAUUGCUACUUCAACAACCCCAACAGCAAAUACAACCAAAUUCAAAUCCUUUAUUGGAUCCUUUGUUCGCCGCGGUUCCAUUGUUAACCCAAAGUAAUACUCUACCGGGUGAAGUUGAAAGGCGGCAUCAACCAGCAGAUUCGGAUUAUAAACCAGAUAGUUAUGAAUACUCGGACGAAGAUCUCGAGGAAUAUGAAAAACCAUCAAGGGUUCGAGGCGGACGGGAUAGGUCUCACGAUAAAAAAGAAGAUAAUUCUGCCAUUUCGAAAGCUGAAUCUAGCGUGGUUACGCUUUAUGUUUCUGGUCGAAGACCCGGAGAAUUUAGCACCGUAUUGAGUACCGUAAAAAUUGGUGAAAAAGCAACAGCAUCCAGAAGACGAAGGGAUGUAAAUAGAUCUGUUAAAGUACAACCAUCAAUUCCGCCGUCCUUACACGCGGCUUCAGAACCAUUUGCUAUCCUAACAGGAAGCGAUGAUACUGUCGACGCACAUACGCCAACGCAAAGCCUUGAAAGCGUAGUAGGUGACACUGAAAAUAUUUCAGGGGAACAACAUAACGGUUUAAACGACAACAAAAACCCAGCUCAGGAAGUAUAUGGCAAAUCGUUAUACGAUGAUAACGCAUAUGUUGAUAACGAAGAAAAUUCUGCCUCGGAUGAUAUCGGCGAAUAUCCUGAAAGUAGACCACGUAAAAGAGUUAGAAUUCGUAUACCUAUUGUUCGAAGUAGAAUCCCGAAGAAACAUAAACUCACUGUGGUCAGACGUAGACCAUUAACGCCAUCAACCAGAAAUGAACAAAUUAAUCGUAGUAAUGCGCAAAUAUCGAAAAGAAUAGUCACGAGAAUUAGAGCAUUAGGAUUGGCACAUUCCAGACAUUCAACCACAGAUAUAAACGAUCUAGAAAAUAUUACGUCAGAGAGUGCACGUCACAAAAUUACGAUUACACGAAGAAGAAAGCUAGAACCAACAAUUAAUACGGUUACACCGAAAAGAGUCAGAAUUACUAGGAAAAAAUUAAUUGCUGUAAGACCAAUAGAACCAACGCCAACGUUAGCCAUUAUUACUACAGACUUUUUUACUGCACCCUCAGAUUAUAGUGAUGAAUACGAGGACGAAGAAGAUACAGAAGAAGAUACCGAAGAUGAAAAUCAUCCUACUACUACUACUAGUACUCCGAGUCUUGAGGAAACACCCGAUGUCAUUGAGAGCAAGCCAGAAGAGGAAUUAAGUGAAUUCAAAUCACCAGUGUCAGAAGUAACAUCGAUAUACGAAGUUGUUGACCCAAUGCCCGUUAUAAUUACUGACAACUUUUUCUUUCCACCGGCUAAUGACGACGAGGAAGAUGAAAAUUAUGAAGAUAAUUAUACAGAAACAACAACGUCAGACAAUUUAACCACAGAUAUAUCUACUCUGUUAAAUGAACAAAAUAAUACGUUAGAAGAUGACACCCGAUUAGAGAAUGUUGAUGAUACAACAAUUAUAUCAAACGUAGAUGAAGAAAAUCUAACAAAUCCUGUGACAGAAUUUAAAAUAUUAAACGAAGAUAUAAAAUCUACUACAGAUACUGAUAUUGACGUACCAGUUAAUAUACCAACAUCAUUACCAUCUCUAACAACAACAGAAUCAACUAAUAUUAUUAACGAAGAUGACAUUAAUGAGCUCACUAUAUCGGAUUCUAUUAAUGAGACUUCGCAUGAAAUCAUGGAAAUGACUACUUCUUUGCCAGAAGAAGAUACGACUAUUUCUUUACCAGAAGAAGAUACUACUAUUUCUUUGCCAGAAGAAGAAACGACUCCAAUAGAAAAUGAAGAAACAACUCUUGUACAAGAAGAAGAAGAAACAACUUCUCUGCAAGAAAAAGUAACGACUCCUUUAUUGGAAGAAGAAACAACUGUUAUAAAAGAACGAGAAGAAGAAAUAACUUCUGUAAAAGAAGAAGAGAUAAUUUCUCUUCACGAGAAAGAAAAAUUAUCUAUUAAAACAAAUGAUGUAAUAACAGAAAUUACUCUUUCUAAUAUGACAGAAAUAUUUAUCUCGACUGACGAAACAAAUACAACUACUAUAUCUGAAGAAUCCGUAGAACAAAGUACAACAUUAUCGGAUAUAAUUGAACAACCAGUUACAACUAUUUCAAAAACAAUAGAAACUAAUAUAGAAAGAAAUUCUAUACCCUUAUCAAUAGACAACACGAUCAAAGAUAUCGAUUCAAUUAAAGAUAUUAAUACUUCUAUAAAUGAUUUGACAGAUAUCAAUCAAAUAUCAAACUUUAAAGAAGAACAAAAGGACAAUGAGAUAUUAACGGUAAAGCCUAUAGAGUCGAACAAUAAAUUUGAAACUUCUUCAAUUCUUGUUAAAUUAAACACGUUCAAAACAAUUGUUAAUAAUUUCUUUAGUACGAAUACUCCUUACUCAGAAACAUUCUUAACACCAAAUUCCUCAAUUUCUUCUAACUUCGAUAAUUCUUAUAUACCAAGCGUAAUUCCUCUUAAUAUAGAAUAUAUCACAUCAAAUACACCAGAGAUUCAAAUUAAACCAACAAAUGUUUUAACAUUGAAUCUUACGAAAACUAUCCCAUCGCCUAAGCCAGAAGAUAUUGAAGCUAGUCUUGUAGAUGAUCUUUAUCUGUCAUUAUCGCGUCCUGAUUUUCCUGAAAUCGUAACAUCCAAAUUAGAAUCUAUUGAUAUAGAAUCCAAAUCUAUAUCACAUUAUAUCCCGUUAGAACCCAGUACCAGUAUUUAUUAUACAGAAACAAUAGUAACAUCAACAAGAUUGAGAACUUAUACAUACAUAGUGACUAAACUUAAUGGACUUGAAACACAAGUGACAUCUUCUACGACCAUUAGACCGAGAGUGACGACACUUACUUUGACAGUGCCCAUCACAGUGACUGUCACUCCCACCAUGGAGUCAUCAGUCAACAAAUAUUCAUCUAUAUGUAAUGCGGUAUCUGUUUUUGGAGAAGAUACGUUGAAAGAAGAGGAAGAGGGAAGAAAACUAAAUCUAGCCACACGCGUAAUGUCUAAUGGGGUUGAAGUUAUUGUAGCAGGACCAACACCAGCUUUGAGAUGGGAAAAUUCAAAUCCUCAACCAACCCUGACAUUAUCAGAUGCGGUUGUUAUGCUAUUACCGCAAGAAAAGUCUAGUGACUUCGUUACAAAAACAUGUACUACUACAUUCACAUAUUUUGGAACUAUUAAUAACAAUGGAAAUUCUGAUGUCACUACAGAGAUUAUGUCAAGUACAGUUACGGACGAACAGCAAAAGAAGACUGGAUCAGAAACAGCAACUAUUAUCUUAGAACCAUCCCCAACGAUACGUACCGAAGUACUCAAGACAACAUACACAUAUUUAACCGGAGAUAAGAAUCAUGCUAAUAUGGAAGAUUCAUUAAUCGGUAGUACAAAAGUUGUAACAAAUAAAAUCACAGCACCUCAACAUUAUUUACAUAUGAUGUUGGAACCUUCGGAAGUAUCACAUCCAGAAACAAAUACGUAUUUAAGUACGAAAGUAUUAGAAAAAACUUAUAUGGAAGAUGUUCAUACUAAGGUACAAACAACAAGUGAUAAGAUUACUCAGUUAAUAGCAAUUGAAUCUGGAUCACCACCUAAGCCUACUAGCGUCAUUACUACUUUAACUGCUUUGGAUGAUACUGAUGAAGCUAUGACAGAUAUUAUGAAGACUUAUUAUAUCACAUAUACAUACUAUAACACAUUUUUUGAGAAAGGUACAUCUGUUAUACGUACUAACGUUGCAACUUCUACAAAUGUUGUUUUAGAAAAAAUUCCUACAAAAGAUACAUCUACGACAAAAGUAAUACAAAUCAAUGCUACACCCGAACCAAUUCAAAUUUUCGCUACCAAAACGUAUCUUACAACGUUUACUUAUUUCACAACACUUUUACAGGCUGGGCCUGAUGGUGAAACAUCAACAACCAUAUCAUCUCGUUCUCAUAUUAUAGAAAAUGUAGUAACAGAAUCAAUAGCACCAAGUUUACUUGACGCUGGUUACAUGAAUGCUUUACUUACAACAGCAUAUCAUUCUGAUCCAGUUAAAAACGUGGUUACUGGUUCAACAAUUAUUUUCUUUGAUGAAGAAGAUCAGAUUGAUCCAACAACGUCUAGCAGUUCGGUAGAGUCUACUACAUCUGUUGGAAUAGGGAAAGUUGAAAAACCCUCUGAGAAUUUAACAUCGACAACAUUACCUAGUGUAUCAUCGGAUACAGUAGAAUCAACUGUCAAUCGCGUAGACUAUGUUAACAAUCAGGAUAAUAAUAAAACAACGUUGUUGAAUAAUACUGCUGAUCACAAACGACCUACCACUCAUGAUGGCGGUGACAUUCAAUUAAGUAAUCUUCUACAUCUAGGAUCUUUAGGGAUCAAUGGCCUUUCUGCUUUGAAGCCUGUAAUUACAGCAAUGGCUGGUUUAUUACAAGGAAAAACUGCAACUCGUAGAAAUGAUACGGAGCCUUCAACAAUAAGUCAAGAAACUACUACACAAAGAUCACCUAUCUACAUUCCAGUAGCAGAAUUUGCUGAUGAUGAUAUCGAAGUUGCGGAAAGUCAAAAUAUAGCUGCUCAUUUGGUAAAUCCUAAACACAAUCAUAUAGCUGAAACACGGCACAAAGUUACUAGUAGCUUAGCAGAUGGAAUACCAAUAUCACCUGGUGAAGUUAUAACAGCUAAUAGUGAUGUCAUUAUUGGGAAACCUGGUAAAUUGGCACCAAGACUACCACAAAAUUUUGUCAACGAAGAUGAACAUAUUGGAAUGAAACCACCACCAUUACCAGUACCAAAUAUUCCUGUUCAUCCAGUUUUAGAAAUUCUUGAAAAUAAUCGUGAAGAUUUUCAAGAACAACAUCCUCCUAAUAUAUAUAAAGAACAAUUACAAAUUAUACCAUCUCAUAGGAUCUACGAAGAACAUUUAAAAAUUCCACUUUCUAUGUCACUCAAUGCAAAACUCCAAGUAGUUCCAACGCAACCUCAGAAAUUACAUCCUGUUGAAUCUGUUCAGACUAAUAAGAUAGAAUUAAAACACGAAACCAUACAACAUGAUCCUUUAUUAAAACCACCUGACAAACCGGGUACAGAGAAACUUAUAAACAAGCAACCUGAAUGGAGUACGGAUGGAUUCAGAGGACCAUGGGGAACAACAAAUCCAUUAACACCACCUGCAUUACCUAUUACAUUUAGUGAUCUUUAUUCAGAAAAACCAGCAAAUGAUAAAUCUUGGAUAACAUCGUUUAAGCAACAGAAACAUCCAAAUUGGGCACAAAAAGAUUCUUUCCUUUCCGAUGGUUUACCUGAAAUUCAAACAUCAGAAACACAAUCAUCUUCAUCCGAACCGAUCAUUCAUCAAGUCCCACAUAUUAUUGAUAGAUCUACAGGUCAACCUUUACUCGUUAAUAUUCAACCUAGCCAAGUAGCAAAUGUUAUGAUUCCUCAAGAUGGAAAACAGGCUUUGAUAUUUGGAGAUACAGGAGAACGUCACAUAAGUGGUCAAUACUUCGAUGAUCCAUCGCCAUAUCCGGAACCUGAAACUGGUCCUGGAUUUAUUGGAAUCCAAAAGGCAGAGGACCUAUUUCAAAAUUUACAUGGGAAAGAUCCAUUAAAUUACAUGGUCCCACCAUCGCCACCGAGUAAUUUCAAACUUGCUAUACAAAAAACAAAUUCUUCAAAUAGGCCACAUAUUAGAUUACCGCAAGUUCGUUUCGAUCAUAUAAAACCACCGGGCAAAUUAGAACCACCUUUUAUCAGAUCUGAAAAGAGACCAGCCGAAAUUCAUAUGAUGAAGCAACCCCAUCAAAGUAGUGUGACUAAUGGCCAAGGUUUUGUCCAUAGUGAAAUUUUAGUUCAUCAUCGGCCAGAAACGUUAAACUUACAAUUGGCAUCACAUCCGCCGAUGCUUUCCAAUGGUCAUCCAACUAGUUCAUUCUCUUCUAAUGGACAAUUUGUAAAAAAUCAAAAACCCAUAAAUACUUUACCAACUGUUCCAUCUAGACGAGCGGAAUCAACUAUUCUUCCUACUGAAAUACCACAUAUGUAUACGUAUCACAAUAAACCAAAUUCAGGAAACGAAGUUAUUUUAAAUACCAAUUGGAAAUUAAAUAAAAAACCACCAAGGAUUACUCUGAACAAUCGUUUAAGACCACAAUCUGUAUUGAGACCGACUACUCAUCGACCUCAUAAUAGACCUACGUAUAUUGAAAAACCUAUUAAUUCUGUUACCACAAAAACAACAUAUCCUGUGUCUCCAAAAUUGCCAUUUAAACCACAAAACACAGCUUUGUUGCCUCAUCAAAUUUCAUCGAAUACAUAUUUACAAUAUGAAUUUUCAAACAAGCCAAUAUCGAUUGGUAAUAAAAAUAUAAACAAUGUAACAAAUCAAGAAAUUAUUCAUAAUUAUCAAGUAAACUUUCAAGAUCGAUUGCCUCAAAACAACCCAGAAAAAACGAAUCUACUAAAUAGCGGAGAAUCUAUUAUUAAAUGGAACAACGAUCAAGCGCCCACUGGAGCAUUAGAAUAUCAUAAUCCUUCGUAUUUAAAAAUAAAAUCAGAAAGCACAGGAUAUCAUUCUCCGAUGUUAAUUAUUACUUCAAAGAAUCAUUCUAUUGAUUCUGUACAUUUUGAUGCACAAAAUCAAUCGAGACCAUUAGAUUCUGAAAUUGCUGAAUCAGAAUAUAUAAAAUCACAUCAGAAUUCUGAUUCAAGUGAUAUUAAUUAUGAAAAGAAAUUAAAUGCGGUAAUAAACUUACAAAAUAAUAAUAUUACAAACACUAAAGACAAUUAUGGAAUGAUUAAUAAACCAUCUCAUGGUAAACCAAUUGCUGAACAAGGACUUACAUAUAAUAAAAAUGAUAAUACACCUAUUUUACAUCCAGGUGAACCUUUCAAAUUAAAAAAUAAUAGCACGAUUUCGGCAAAUGAAACCUUUUAUGGUACAAAACCAUAUGAGAUAUCUGUUGUAAAAAAUAAGCCGCAUAAAAUAUAUGGCGGUAAUGCUAAUCGUGAUAAGCACCAUGAAUAUAGAGAAAAAGAAAGUGAAUUUGAUUAUAAAACUGUUCAAGAAUCUUCUCCUAUUUAUUUGAAUGAUCAAAAACCUUUAAUGCAUCAUAACGAGAACGUGCAAUCAUCGACUUUACGAUAUUCCUAUGGACAUGAUGACACCAUAGAUCUUAAACCACCUGCAAUUAUUCCACAAUUCAGACCUAUUGCCGAUCACGAAUCGACAGAAUUUUAUUCUAAACCACAAAUUAUUGUAACUACUGAAACAAGACCUACUCGUAUACCAGUUGUAGAGAUAAUGACAAAACCAACUGAUAUGAUAAAUGUUAAACAAAAUAAUAAUGUUAGCCAUAUUAAUAAUUUUAAAUCAACUAACUUCGAUAGUUUCAUCAAUCAAAAUUCGCAAAAGGAUUAUAAAAUAAAUCAACAACAACAAAGUAUCUCCGAAGAUAUGGUGAAACAAUAUGCUAGACCAAAUUGGAAUGUUGGUACUUUGGAUACUAAUACGUAUAUGAGUCAAAAGAAGUCAGGAACAAAACAAAAUGAACAUACGAACUAUACAAUUUCUGAUUCCAUCGAUAAGAAAGUUGAUACAAGAAUACAAAAAUUGGAAAUUAAACCUAAUCAUCCAUCGCAUUUUCUUGAACAAGGAUUAAUAACAGGAGUUCAUCCUGAAUACCCGCAUAUUAUAACGAAACCAAAAUUACAAUUACCAGAACCUGUUGUUAUUUCGAGUACUGGAAUGAAACCAGAUUCCCAUAUACAAUCGAACGUUCAAUUCUCAAUGCCAGUUGAAAUUACUGAUGACGAACAAGACGACAGUAAAACACAAACUGAAAGACCUCCUAGCAUGUUAAUAAUAAAGAAUAAUUCGUUAAAAAAUAAAAAUCAAGAUAAAGAGAUGCUUGAGACUGCUUAUCAAACUAAUUUUGCUUCGUUGGAUUCAGUCAUUGGUAAUUCUGAAACUCAUAAAAUUAAAAGCAACUCUCACAAUAUGAGUAUUCACAGUAAUGCACAAAAUAUGUUGUUCAAUGUGAAAGAUCCUAAAGUUCCCUCGAGAGAUAUGAUGCCACCACCUUUGAACUCGGCACCAUCAAAAUUGGAAGAUGAACAACAAAAAUUGAAACCUCCACCUCCGCCAUCUAAUGAUGUUCUUGGUUUAUCACCUCCGCCAUUAGAAAUUACAACCACAUAUAGACCUAUGCAACAUAGACCAGAUCCAAUUAUUAUUAAUGAACCAGAAUUAAAAUUAUCAUCUAAAUAUAUUCCAUUAAAGGAAUUGACUAAAACAAUGAUUCCACAGCCUAAUGUAAAGUCUUCAAAUCUAAGAACAACGAUAACCAAAUCAUUUCUUGCUGAACAACUUUCUGAAAGAAUGGUACCAUCCCCUCCAGCAUUGCAAACUAAAUCCUUUGAAAUAAGUACAACAAAAAUAGAUAUUUUACCAUUUGGAUCAACUCAAAAGCCAUCUGCAAGUAUAUCUAAUGGUUAUAUCAAUCAAUAUAUCAAAUCGAAAUAUGCAACAACACAAAAUACAAUCAAACCGUCCAUUAUUGGUACACCGAUCAUAAGUGCUUCUAUGUCAACUAAGAGAAUGGAACAUUCAAGCGAAUCUAGGGUACCAGUGAAACAAACUACUAUUUCAACAACAAAAACAGUUACCUCGACACAAGUUAAGUCAUCUGGCGGACAGAUCAAAUCAAGCAAACCAUCAUUACAACCUGAUAUUAAACCAACAAAAUCAUUAACGUUUGAUACAUCACAUACCUCUGUUAAAUUGGCAGAGCAACCAAUAUUUUUGCAAUCAAGUCACGAUUAUAUUUUGCCAUCUUUUAAUACAGAACCCACGGAAUCUCUUACAUUUAUUGUAACCACUGAUGGAAUUAAAGAAUCCACUGUAAAAAAUCAUGAAAUAACAAAAACAUAUAAAAAGAUGAAUGCAACAGUAACAGACAAAAUACCCGUAAUAGCGAUACAAACAGAUAAAUCAUUAAAAAGUACGGAUUCAUCUUUACCAAAAGAAUAUUUAGGUUUUAAAAUAAAUGAGACAACUUCGGUAACUUUGAAACCCAAUGUAGGAACAGUGAUAUAUGAAAAUGUUUCUGAUACAAAUAUUGGUAGUGUAAAACCUAAAGAGAUUGUUCGGAUUAAAAUGUCAACAUUAACGAAGAUAGAAACAUUUGCAAUAGGAUUGCCACCAACAACAAGAACAUUUUUACUAACGCAUACAAUGACUUCGACCACUGUGGAAACAGUGACAGAAACUUUUCUUCAUCCCACCAAUACUAUUGCUACUAUUACGUCAAAUAUUUUGCAAUCUAUGGUAACACGGGUACCAUCAAUUUAUGAAAAUAGUAUAGAUAAUGAUUCGAUCUUUGUAGUAAUGAGUGAUCAAAAACCACCCGAGCCUGGUGCUGAGGAGGUAGAAGCGGAAUAUGGCGAAGAAGAUAUAUCAAGGGACGAACAAAAUCCUACGAACAAUGAUAUCCAAAGGGUUUUGGCUGGAGGUAUCUUAGGUGCACCUGUAGCACCUCUACGACCUACCAAUCAAUGUACACCAGAAUGCAAAGGAUCUAAAGCAGAAACAUGCGUAGAAGUAGAAAAUGAAAUGAGAUGCGUUUGUAGACCAGGAUUCGCAAGAAUGUUCCCAGAUAGGCCUUGCAAACCAACUUAUACGUAUACUCUUCAUGUUGGAUUGGAUCGUAUUGGACAUGAACCCGUAAUUUAUCAAGAGAGUUUGAACGAUUCUACGUCUCUAAUAUAUAGACGACUUGCUGGAUCGGUGAAAGAUGCAUUAGAUAGAACAUUAAUGCAAAGUGAUCUUAGAGAUAUUUACAGAGCUCUUAAAAUUUCGAAAUUUACUUCGGAUCCAGUCAAAGUGAUAUUUCAUGUACAACUUAGUGACAAUGCUAAUGAAACAAGAUUGAAAGAAGUUUUACGAAAAUAUUUAGUUGGAAGUAAUUAUAGUUUGGGUGGCACUGAAGUUUAUGCCUCGAAAAAUUUGGAAUUGAUUCAUGCAUCAGACUUUGAUGAAUGUUCGAUCGAAGAGGAUGGUCCCCAUCAUGAUUGUUCACCAAAUGCAGCCUGUUUUAAUUUAAGAGGAUCUUAUCAAUGCUCUUGUAAGGAAGGUUGGGCAGAUUUAUCAGAGAAUCCUGCGUAUCCUGGAAGAAUAUGUUCACAAGCACCGAUAGGUUGUGCAGGAUGUAAUAAUAAAGGACAUUGUGUUACUAAUAUUCAUGGUCACGAAAUUUGUGAAUGUUUCCCAUGGUACAGUGGUCAACGAUGUCAAGUUAAUUUAAAAGUGAUGCUGAUAGGUCUGGUGACAACAGGUGCCAUUUUAUUGGGUUUGCUAGCUGUAUGUGUAGGCUUAGCAUGCUUUAGACAACCUGUUCAUAACAAACAUACUUCUGGAGAUACUCGUGCAAUGAUUUCCGGAGCAAGUGGUGACACUAGUAGUGAAGAUAGUGCCGGAGAUGUAACUAUUCCUUAUCACGUGCCACAUGUUUUACCACCACCGCCGCAAAUGGUAGCACCGUUACCUCCAAUGAAGAGACCAAUUCGUAAAAUCAAUGAAAAAUCGCACCAUCCAUCAAGAAAACCUAUUGUAGCUGCAUCAGAAAUGAAUAAUGAUGAACAACGUGAUCGUUCCUUAACUGUUAUGAUUCCACGUCCCAAAUAUCGAUCGGCUCCUCAGUCACUACAAAAUUAUAAAACAACUCUGAGCACAUUUGUAACAGACGAACAUAAACUUAUAAAUUAUCUUGACAAUGGUUCUCAUCAUCAAGGAAAUCGAAAACAAAGUAUAUCGAGUACAAAGGAUUGUAAAGAAUCUGAUUUACAGGCUGCAAGAGGAGCACCUGCGGUGUCAACUGGUGCACUUGUCAGUGCCGGAUUUCAGGUAUCAGCAACGGUAACAAGAAUGAUAGAUGCCGAAUCAACCUUAGCUAGAUCAUGUGGUGAAACCACUAUAGAACCACCAACAAAAGUUCUAAAGAAUUGUGACAGUCAAGGCGAUCUUACAUCCACUUUAGCUCGAUCUUGUGGUGAAACAACAAUACAAACCCAAACAAAACUACUUAGACAGGAUUUAGCCGAAGCAGGAUCCAUUUUGGCCAGGUCUUGCGAAGAAACAACUAUUCAGCCAUUUACAAAAAUGGCGGCUACUCGAACAAAUAGUAUUAAAGAUACCAGGAACAAUAAAAAUUCAAGAGAUAAUGGUAGUGAAGGACACACUAUGGCUGAGCGAGAUUUGGGUAGUACUUUAAGACUUCCACCUCAUCAUCCACCACUUUAUAGCCCAGACAGAGUAUGA